GUAUGGCAGCCUCCUGUCAACAUGGUGAAGUGCACGUUUUUCCAUUAUUGACAAUUUGACAAGCGAAAAAAAGACGUUUUUAGCCAAAUUAUAUAACUCAAAGAUAGCGUUACUGGUUUGGCUUAGGACGGAGGACGGAUGUCACUUCAAGAGACAGAGCAGUUUUGAUAUCUCAGCAAGGACAGCCAGAGUCUGGAGUCUGGUUGGGACCAAAGGACAGGACUUGUGACAUGUGUGAUAGGGAGGUUGAUAGCUGACUGAUUGGGCUCCACCUGCUUAGGUAGAUGGUUGGUGUGUAAGCUCUAUCGAUACGGCACUGAUGAUCCUGAAGUCAGCUUGAGUCAUCUGUUACCCUUCCCCGAGCUGUUUUGGAGACCACUUCUCAGCUCGUCACAUGACCGACUAAAUCGUCGUUAUGAGUCACACGCCGAACCAGAAAGAAGUCGUCACGACAAGAUCCAGGAAGAGCAAUCCAGGUGAAAGUCCGAGAGACACGACAUCGACCCUCCGAUCGAGAUCUGAGAGGCAUGAAAGGGCGAGAACGGAGAGUCCUAAGCCGGGAACGCCACUCGCGAAGAUUGCCACUCCCAAGCCUAAAUUCUCCAGCCCGAAGAAAGAUCUGGAUGCGGGGAGGGCACGGCGCUCGAGAGGAUGGAACGUCCCGAAGGAAUCGGCUGCAGCGAUAUUCAGGGCGACGUCUGUUGACAAAAAUCCUGCACCGGCGAGACCGAAAAAGCGGCAGUCAGUCGAGGACAGCGAUAGCGAGACUUCCGAUGAUCCACCGUUGAAGCGUCGCAGAGCGUCAAAAACUGGCGGCACAAAUAGUCAGCCGGCUGAGGGUAGUAGUAAACGACCACAGGGCAUGGAAUCGGACUGCUACUGCUGGAUCUGUCACAAGGAGGGGAAUGCGAUGGUCAGUUGCGAGCUGUGCCCCCGGGUCUAUCACGUCAAGGGAUGUCUGCCGAGUGAAAAGAAACCGGGGCUGGACUGGAUGUGCCCCGAGUGUGAGACGAUAAUGAGGGCGGAGUGUACGGACACACGAUCACGCGCCAUGACGAUGUUGAGUCUCGACCACCUUUGCUCGUUGCUGAGGUUCGCUCUACAAAGGAUGAAACACAUGGGGAGUGAACCAUUCCAGUCGCCAGUCGAUCCGGACACAGUACCGAACUACGAUGAUUAUGUUGUUUAUCCAAUGGACUUGGAUACACUGGAAAAGAACAUCGAUAAGAAAUUGUACGGUUGUACUGACGCAUUUCUCGCCGAUGCAAAAUGGCUGCUCCACAACUGUGUUAUCUAUAAUGGAACGCACCACAAGCUUACGACUGCCGCAAAAAUGAUUGUAAAGAUCUGCAAACACGAAAUGAACGAAAUCGAGAUCUGUCCUGAUUGUUAUAGUAACUCUCAGUGUAAAGGCAACCCAGAUUGGUUCUGUCUACCGUGCAGAUAUCCCCACCCCCUAGUCUGGGCCAAACUCAAAGGCUACCCAUUCUGGCCUGCUAAGGUCCUACGUAAAACUGACAAUCAAGUUGAUGUACGAUUCUUUGGUGCUCACGACCGCUCCUGGCUGCCUGUGUCUCAGAUCUUCCUCCUAUCGAAAGAGAUCCCAGUGCCUGUGAAAAACAAGCGUGGCGGCCUGGAGAAUUCCAUCGCCGAAACCGAUCGACACAUAAAACUACUCAGGGAGAAGUUCGGCCAUUUUGAAUAUGCGCCUUUCAGGACGCCAUAUGACCGUGAAGAUAUCUAUUGUCCAAUCAAACUGUCCCCGGAGGUGGACGUGGAGAAUACCGCCAAAAUCAGGAAGAAACGGGCACGGCGCACAACUGAGGAAGAAAAAUACGGCACCGGUUUUGAAGAUUCUGGCUCUGGACCAAUGGUGGAUGCUCUUUAUCGGAAACCGCGACGUCUGCAGAAGUUCCAGUCAGAAACUGCCCGGAUGAUCUCCGCAUCGUCGAAGACCGCGUCUGCUUUGAAGAGCAAGUAUAACUCGUUUAUAAACACGCGACGUGGGGGGCCACGCGGGGGUGCCGCGCUCGGUGCUAGGUCAAGGUCGAAUCAUAAGACUCCAAGUGGUGUGUUUGUCGUAAGUAAGGACGCGGCAGUCGUGCGCGAGGCAGCAUUGGCGACUGAACCAACAGAAGAAGCAGCGGAGCCUGCAGAUCCUCAAACACACUUUUUCAAAACGUUAAACUUGAAAAAAGGGCCGGAAAAAUCUGCGGAAAAUCCUGUUAACGGUGUUCAUAUUGGCGGCCACGGUGGUACUGCACGCCGGAGCAGUUUCACAAAGAGUAAGGUGCUGGAUACGUGCGACAAGAUGGCAGUGCUGAAGAUUCCACGUCUCGAUAUGAUGGCGGUCGAGAAAGGUCACGGUCAGGGUCAAGGACAAAGCGAGGUUAAAAGGGAAACGUCUACCGAGGAAGCAAAUGGUGUUAUCACAGCGCCACCUGUGAAGAGAACAAGGACUCCACCAACAACUCUCACACCGCCUCCAGAAACGGAUCUGAAACCACCCGUGCAAAGUGUGAAUGAUGGCAAGAUCAUCUUAAAAAUUAGCACAAAACGAGCCACUCAGACUUCUUCAGCUGCCGCAGUAUCAGCCAAAGACUCUGUGUCUACAGUUACUAAGGACCUUGUGUCUACAGUUACUAAGGACCCUGUGUCUACAGUUGCUAAGGACCCCGUCUCUAUUGCUAAGGACUCCGUAUCUACAGUUGCUAAGGAGUUCGUAUCUACAGUUGCUAAGGACUCCGUAUCUACAGUUGCUAAGGACUCCGUAUCUACAGUUGCUAAGGACUCCGUAUCUACAGUUGCUAAGGACUCUGUGUCUACAGUUGCUAAGGACCCUGUGUCUGCAGUUGCUAAGGACACUGUAUCUAUGGUUACUAAGGACCCUGUACCUGCAGCUAGUAAAGACCCUGCAUUACAAAGGGACACCCCCAAAGCAAAUUUAGAAUCCGUUACAAAAUCUGACAAUUCUGGGACUUCGGUUGCUGAGGAUUUACAAAUUGAUGACAGUGCUAAAAAUCAAGUGGAGGAGGACAUGGACCUGGGAGAGAAAACUCCUUGCACUCAGAAAAGCUCGGACUCUAAGCCGGUCGGCAAAGACACAAUAAAACCUGAAAGCAUAACACCUGACCGACCAAAAACUACCGUGACUAACCCGCUGCCCGAUGACAAAGCCACAUCUAACGAUCCUCUUGUAAUUACGACGGGGAAGAAGAGCGCCCUCCAUGAGCAGUUGCAGAAAACGAUUGCGUGUUGUCGAAAAAACCUGGGGAUUGAGGAAGAGGUAUUGAAAGUGGUUGAAUCUGGUUCCAAAGGAGAUGGUGAAAAGGUGGCGCCACCCCAAGAGACGUCUGCUGUGGGCCGCAAGAAGACAACAUUGACGGAGGGAGAAAUGCCUAAGGCGGCAUCAGUUUCAAAACCAGGAAGCAAUCUGCCUGACAAAUCGGACCAGAAAUCGAAUACGAAGGGUAAAGGUUUCAAACCUGGGACAGAGAAGACAAGAGUGGGAUCUGUUGGUGACAAUGGGAAGCAAGUCUCAGAAAAAGAACUGAAGAAGGAGAGAAUUGAAGCCAACAAAAUGGAAGUGGAGAAGGACUCUGAAAAACUGACAAUGAAAAUUUCAGAGUCUAAAAGUUGUGAAAGUUUGAAGAAUUUGUUGUCGCGUGAAAUUGUUGGUGGGCCACGUUCGUUGUCUGUGCCAGCAGAUGCGAAGGAGCAUGGGAUGGCAUUUAAGGAAUUGGCGGACAGAAUGAUGGGAGAGGAGGGAAGUCGUGCUUCCUCAGAGCCCCCUGGUGACCCUAAAGAGAAACAGAAUGAACUUGGUCGUAAAGGGGUGGACGCGGGAGUUACUGAUCCUGCGAUAAAAAACAUUCUAGCGAAAGUGAAGCAAUUGUCGGAUCGUAAUGUCGUCAAAUGCAAGACAGUUGUGCCCCCUAUUGAGAAAGGGUCGAGUAACACUGAUGCUUCGAAAGCUCGUAAUCUUAAAAUGCCAAUAGUUGUGGAGAAAGUCAUUCUUCGUACUGCUGAUCCCACAACUAGAGAGGUCAUCAAGACAGCGCAAUCAGACUUGCGCUCUGACGCCGUGGAACAGUCGCGGGAAUUGAGCGAAGAGGAAAUGGAUUCGUCUGAUGCUGAGAAGUUGGUGAUGGAUCUUGGCGAGGAGAAACGCAGAGGCGGGAAAGUGCAAAAUGAAGGCGGGAAAAAGGUGGUGGCAGCUCGGGUGACAGAAAGGAAUUCAUCGGUGUCUUCACGCUCCUCUGAAACAAUGGACAUCGCGCCGAUCGAGAUAACCAUCCCAAUCCCGCCGCCCGUGCAACGAGGUCUUCCCCAGCCUCAGAUGCAACCCAGAAGAGGGCCUUUCAACUUUGGCAAAUAUAGGGAGAGGAUGUUGCAGACAAUCCAAGGGACAUUCCAGGAACUCUACAAGGAUGUCGUCGAGCAUGAGCAGAGUAUGGCCGGGACUUUGAAAUACCAGCAGGAACUGGACCAGUUGAAAUGGGCGCACAGGAAUCACUUGGGAGAGCUCAAACACAACUUUGAGCUUGCUAUGAAGGAAGUAACGUCAAACCUGAACCAGGAAAGGAACAAGGCCAUCGCCGAGACAAAGAAAGCGUGCGAAGAGGCAGCGAAGAAGGAAUUAGAAGAAGCCAAGAAAAAGCAAUGGUGUGCACAGUGUGGUAAAGAGGCCAUCUUCUACUGCUGUUGGAACACAAGUUACUGCGAUUUCCCCUGUCAACAAUCUCACUGGCCUGAACACAUGAGCUCGUGUACGCAGUCACAGACUGGAGCAAAUGCUCCACCGAAUGCCGCGGAGUCACAACCGACGCCAGCAUUAACGCCAAGCGAGGGCCAGUCAGUUGUGGACGGACAGUCGCCAAAGCCAGUGGUGGUUCCAGUCCCACCGACACCAGUAGCUACGCCACCAAAUAUCCCAAAGCAGGUUAGCCAGCCAGGUCACAUGCAACUACCCCCCUCCUCCCAAGUGAUGUACUUCCCCGUAUCGGGACCCCAAACCAUGCAGGCAGGGCAGCGCCCGCCGCACAUGCAGACGACUAUGACAACAACAUUGCCCCACAUUCAGAUGCCCAAUAUGAACGUGAGGCCCCCGAUGCAACAACCCCUUCCCGGGCAAAUGAUCCUACAACAGCAGCGCCCCCUACAGCCUGGUCAGAUGUUACAUUCGGUCAUCCAGGGCCAGCCGCCAAACUUCGGGAAUCGUAUGAUGACGCCGAUGCAACAACCGCCUCACGCUCAACCGCAACCGCAGCUGCAUCCUCCGCAACAGCAGAUGCAUGCGCAGCAACAGCAAUUGCAUGCGCAGCCGCAGCCGCAAAUGCCUGUUUAUGUUCUUGGAAAUCCUGGGUUCGGCUUACGGCAGCAGUCAAUGUUGCCUCAGUUUCAACAGAGACCAUUCUAAUGAUUUAAUCUGAUGAUUUGUGGUAGUUGAACCUGAGGACUGACUUAUGCCAGGAUUGUAACAGGUCGUAUCAAAUAUACACCGGCAAGCAAAGAAUGAAAUGUAUAUAUAUAUCUGUUAAUACCUCAGCAAUCUUCUAUUUGAAGCUUGACACUGCCAGAACUAUUGCAUAUCCAGUGUAGCAAUGGUUUAUGUACAUGUGCGUACAUAUACACGCAUAUUGUACUAAAUUGAAUUGGGGGGAGGGGGGGGGUUAAAAUGCAUACAUUAGGUACAUACAUAAGUAUAAACGAUAUUGUAAAUAAGACCGAACCAUACAGUAAAGAAAAAAGAAAUGUAGAAUUCUUCAAAUAGUAGUACUGUAGGCCCACUUGUAUAUAAAUUUAUGAAUUGUCCAUGUUGAUGCUGUACGAAUAUCUCUAAAAUGUAAGCCAAGAAGUUAAGUGCAUUUGCCUGCCUGGAGUAUUUCAGUGGUCUAAUUGUCACCUCUUGGCUUCCUGUAUAAACAGAGUGAUUAUGGUCUAGAUAGUCUGGGUACUGAGUUUGAAAUUGCAUUUAGUUUUGAAAAUAUCUGAUGUAUCAUGUAUAUUUACGUAGGCCUGGAUCAAUCAAACGGUAAAGACGUUGGCAACUGUAUAUACUAUCCUGAAUAAACUAGUUAGGGGCCACAAUUGACUACCCAAAAUCGUUUGUAGCUGAUGAAAUUAGCGGAUGAAAAGGGCUCCCUUUCAAUUCUAAAGGAUGGUUUGGAGAAGUCUUCUGUGGCCCAUAACUAGUGUAGUCAAUCGGAUACCAGUGUGUAAAAGACCCGAUAGAGACAUUUUGCAUACUUGUAGAAAUCUGGAUUUUUCUGCUAUUUUUUUCUAUUUCUGAGACAGAUUACUGCCUUAUCGUGAUAAUCAGUGUAACUAAUCAUGUAGCUAAGUAACCAUGGUUACUACACCAAUAAAACUUUUA